GAAGCAACUUGGCUUAAUUUCCUCCAUCCAUCCGUUUUAGUAGUUAGCACUAGCUACUGGAUCUGUUUCCUUGAUCUCUUCAUUUCAUCUCAUCUGAGGUACGGUCCAGAUCUGGGCCUAGCGCAACCAUGGCUGAGAAGGAGGCAAAGGUGACAACAAUGGUGCUGAAAGUGGACCUGAAGUGCCCAGACUGCUACAAGAAGGUCAAGAAAGUUCUCUGUAAAUACCCUCAAAUACGAGACCAGGUGUAUGAUGAGAAGGAAAACAAGGUAAUAAUCAAGGUGGUGUGCUGCUCGCCGGAGAAGAUCCGAGACAAGUUAUGCUCCAAAGGUGGUCGAUCCAUUGAGAGCAUUGAGAUAAAAAAAGAGCCCGAAAAGAAACCCGAAAAAGAGAAGCCGAAGGGGGAAGAGAAGAAACCGGAGAAAAAACCCGACGAAAAGCAACCCGACAAAAAACCUGAAGAAAAGCCGCCUGCUGGAAAACCCAAAGAGGCCGAGAAGCCUAAGGAGUCGGAAAAGAAACCGGAAAAAGAGAAACCCAAAGAGGGAGAGAAGCAGGCUGCCAAGCAACCGGCAGAAGCCCCGGUUCCAACGGCCAUUCCGAUUCUCUUGCCGCCAUUGGCAUAUCCGGCAAUGGGGUUUAGUUGUCCUGAAUGCUACAGAAGUGGAACACCGGGAGGCCCAUGUUUCCACGGCGGGACGGUAGUCCAAUAUGAUGGGUAUUAUGGGAGACCGGUUUAUGACAGCUGGGGCGGCGGCGGCGGCUACAGAGGUGGUUAUGGGAACAGGUACGAUUACUUUAGUGAAGAGAAUCAACAGGGCUGCUCAAUCAUGUAAACAUGCCGCGCCGAUCAAUGUCAUUGAAGACAUCAAUCACGAUCAUCUUCUCGUUAUUACCUCUAUUGUAUGAUGCAUAUGUGAGAGUCUAUUUUGGUUUUUUUAAUUUCCCUCUAUCAUUAAAAUUAAGAAUAAUAGUAAAGGUUUCAUUAUCAUAUAGAAUGUAAGAGAUAAUUAAUAAAAGAAUGUAACAAAUGCUCAUUUUCAUG